CGUUCAUUUUUAUUGGUCGCUGCCAAUUUGGACCAUUUUGUUCCCGGCUGGGAGCCGAGGGGGCGAAUGGGGAGCGGAAGCGGAAGGGAAACUUCGUUUUAAUUGGCCGCUGACAGUUUGGACCAAGCCUGAGAGGGGGUGGGGCAAAGGAAGAUAGUCCUAGGGGCACCCCGAUUGGUGGUUACAUGGAUGAGUGACAGGAAGGGUAGCGAACCGGAUGUUGAGGACGAGGAGGAGGGGGCGGGGUUGGUGGUUUAGACCAUCCCCCGCUCGCCGGGCCGUCGUCCAUUCCUCUAACGGCCUCCGAAGGGGCCGAUGGCUCGGAGGCCGUCCGCAGCGCAAGCGCCAAAUGGAGGCCAGCCUGACGUGCGCCGUGUGCCUCUCGCUCUUCGAGGAGCCCGUCACGCUCCCGCUCUGCUCCCACAACUUCUGCCGCCCCUGCGUCGCCCAGUGCCUGGCCUUGGCCCGAAACACCGCCGCUCGGGCCGCCGCCGCCGCCUCCUCCUCCUCCUGCUCGGCCAUCCCGGUGCCAUGCCCUCUCUGCCGCAAGCCCUGCCUUCUGCCUCCCGAGGACGGCGCCGCCUCCUUGCCGCUCAACACCACCUUGGCCGAAGUGGUCAAGCUCUUCCGGGCCGGGAUGGAGGCGGCGGCGGCGGCGGCGGCGGGGGGCGAGGAGGGCUGGUGGGCGCUGGCCCCUUCCCUGGCCACGCCCUGUGAGAAACACCCCGGGCGCCCCAUGGAGCUCUACUGCCGCCUCUGCCACCGAAGGGGCUGCGGGCAGUGCGUCUCCGAGGAGCACCGGGGCCUCUUCCACACCGUCAACCUCGUCGGCACCGUCUACCAGGAGGAGAAGCUAGCCUUCUUUAGCAAUCUGAAGAAAAUAAGAGAAUUACAUGAGAGCCUGCUGAAGGAAGUAACUUCACCAAAGGAUGCAGGGGUACUAAUGCAGAGUGAAGAGGAGAUUAUUAAAACUGAACUUGAAAAAGUCUGCAGUGCUUUGGAAAAGAGAAAGAAACAAUUGCUUGAAGACCUUGAAAACCAGAAGAAGAGGAAGGAAAAAGAGUUUCUAAUAUGGAAGCGAAUGAAGGAAGUUCAUAGGAAAACCAUUGAAAAUGUUCUGAAUGAUUGUGAGAAGCUUUUAGAUGAAUGUGAUCCUCAUCAUUUCUUAGAGGUUGCGUGCAGCCUGAAUCAGAGAAUGAAAACUCAACUGGAUUUGAUGCAGAUGGCAUCGAAACAUGAAAACCAAACAGAAUGUGGGCAAAAGCAAAUGGAUACAACAUCCAUAGUUAAUGAUAUUUUGGCCUUAAAUCUCACUCUGCUAAAUUCGGAUGCUGAUAAAGGUACUUCUCCCAGAGGUAGUGUAUGUUCCAUAUCAGCAAACUGUGGAAAUAAGUGUGAAGAUAAGAAAAACACAAAGAAUGGAUUCUGUCCAGUGGCAGGAGAAGAUAUUGUUUUGGAUAAUGGUAGGAGUAUUCCUACUCAGUAUAUGUCGAUAUCUGUGACAGCUGAAUUUGGAAGCAUGAGUCAUGAGGAAUUGCGCUAUAAUUAUUACAUGAAACAUCAAGUGCGUCCAGGUGAACUGCAGAUACAGACUCUAAAUGAAAACCAUACAUUGCCAAAAUCUCUGUUCUCAAAAAACACUUCAGAUGUUCUUUUUUGCGUUCGUGCUGAAGCAAAAAACCAAAAGAAACUGAGGAUGCUGUUACAAAGACAACGCCUGAAGAGAAGUAAUUUUUCUGAUUCUGUUGGCUUUACGUUCAAAACAGAAGCUGUGAACUUUAAUUUCUCUGGUUCAAACUAUAAUUUGCAUCAACUUAAUGUGACAGAACCACAGAAUGAUAGCAAGGAGAUCUCACUGUCAAAAGAUACUAACAGCUGUCUUAAUGCAGCAAAAAUUCCUUUGCUUCCUGCAGUAACAGUUCCUUCAGAAACACCCUUUCCCUUAACUGUGUUUCCAAAAGUACACACAUCAGCAGUAACAUCUGCAGCUACUUUAAACCUGCAUUCUUUAAGUGGUGCUGCAGAACAACCAACUGCACCUCUAGUUUCCUGUUCAAGUGGCAACUUGACAACACCAGCUACUAAGGGGUCAGCCUUAUCUUUCAAAAAAGAAAGUGAAGUAUGCUCCACUCUUUUCCUUGGAAAACCUGUAACUCAAGAUGGCAACACAAGUAAUAUAAAUGGAUUUAACUCUUCAGAUUCAGGUUCUACUGCUACUGUCACCACCACAAGUUCUAAGCUAAUCAUACCAGCUAAUAAGAAUCCUUUCUUCUCAGCUUUUUCUACCAAUACUAAAAGUAAUUGGUUUCAGAAAACUAAACCAGGCAGUUCAGAUCAGACUUCAUUUUCAUUUAUUUCUCCUGCUGAGAAAAUAGUGGAUUGGAACAAAGCAGACUGCUUCAGUAUAGAAAAAAAUACAGGACACAAUUCUCUUGCAUCAUCUACCGUUAUCUCUGCUAAGGACGUGGUCUGUAACUCUAGCAUCACUUCUAACUUGGCAUCUAAAAUGUCUAGUUCUGUUUUUGAUCACACAGUUACUUCAAAAAAGCCGACGGUGCCUAAUAAGCGUUCUUCAAAGACAUACAUCUCUCCUUGUAUCUUUUCUUACAAAGGGGGCCCAAAAAAUGAUUGUGACAUUUUGAAACCUUUUUGCCAAAUUGAAUAUGCAAAUGAAAAAUCAAAAAUGAAAUCAAAAGAAAAAAUCUCAGCUGCAAAAAAAUUUGUGCCUUCAGUAAAUGAUGUACCUGUACAUCAAGAACCUAAACAUCUAUUAGUGUCCUGUUCUUCCUCCUCCUCCAUUGACAGUACUCCAAAAUCAGAAAUUGUUAAUAUGUUUGUUCCUCAAGAAAAUGUAAUCUGUGAUCCUGCAUUUAGUAGUUUAGCUUCAGCUAAACUUCCUGAAAGGUCAAACACAUUCAAAAACCAUGUAACAGCUGUGAAAGGUCAAAGAUCUUCAGUACCUGAAGGAGCAAGUUGCACAAUAAGUUCAAAUUCUGAUACAGAAGAUCUAAGUCAAGCAUCCAGUGCUAGUGAUUCUAGCAGUACAUCUGAACGUAGAUAAAACAUUAUCCAGUUGGAGAACUGGGAGUAGGCAAAAGAAUUAAACAGAUUUUAUUGAGUACUAUACAUCUUGUGUUAUUUAUAUUCCAAAAGAGCAAUGUGAUCAAAUGUAAUACUGAUCAGAAAUAUUUUUAUAGAAUCUAGUACAGUGUUCUGAUGCACAUAAUACACGUGAGGUCUGUCUAAAUUUGUUCUCAAAUAAUUAAAUGUUAAAUACCAAAAAUGCCAUUUAAAUUAAUGAUAUAGUGACUAUAUUACAACUGUUCUAUAAUUAUGGGAACAUUGGCAUGUUUUGUUUUGUUUUGUUUUACACUACUGGAUCCAGUUGAAUGAACAUGUCUUGAGUAACUAACAAUAGGUCACUUCAGUCAUCAAAGCUGUUUUCAAAGCCAUGUUAAGAAGCUAUGAAAAAGCACUAGUGCUGCAAUAUCCUCUGUCCCUUCUCAUUUCUUCUUGCAUUGGCUUUACCUUAGGCUUAUAUUACAGUUGAAGGAGGAACACUUGUUUAUUGUUUGUUUACUAAACAAUAUCUGACAUGACGGCUUUAAAUCCUGGUUAGUAAAUAAACAUUAAAUAAUUUGUUUCUGAUAUAAUGGUAUGCAUUAACUUUAUAGGAUUGAAGCUGUAAAGUUGGUGGUUAAGUGGAAGAAAGGACUAGUAUCAGAUAAGGAAACGUGGCUAAUUCUUAGCUCCAUAACUGUAUGCUUUUGGAAGUAUAGAUUUUUGUGUCUCCACUAAUACAGCAUAAAACUACCACUUCAAGUGUUUAUGUACUUCCCUUUGAAAUGUCUUAAAAUUAUUUUUUCUUAUAUGCAUUUAUAUUUUAUUUAUAUUCAGCCUGAAAAUCUCGUCCAUCCGCAGUGUGAGAAUGUAUCGUGUGGAAUUCUGUUCAAAUCUGUUGAAUUAGUAUUUAUGCCUAUCUUAUUCAGUACCAGAGAUGUUGGACCAGUACACAAGUUAGGAGAGGAGCUUAAUGAAAUUUGAAGAUGUGACACUGUAAUAAACUGCUCUGCAUAUCACAUCUAUUAUUCUUUACACCAUAGGCUUCUUUUGUAGAUUCACACAACACAUGGAAUUAAUACUUAAUUUUUCACAAUAAAUUUUGAAAGUUAAAAA